AGGCAAAGUCUGCGGAGGAAAAGGUAGCUUUUCAUUAGUCGCCAGGAGCGGAUCUCUGAGGAGCCCUGGGAACGGGAAGGAGAAGGGAAUACCAAAAAGUGACAGUUGUUCGCCAGUUACGGCCCUUAAUCUGAUAAAGCGGGUAUCUCGUCCUAAAUCUCAGGGCACGGCACCCCUUGAGGCGAGGAAAUGAGAAAACUGCCUCUGAUCCAAGCAGAGCAGGUCCAACUUCAGUGGCAGAUCUGGUGGCCUUGGAGUGGCUGAAGACCACCACCCUCCACAGGGCUGCACUCAGGCCCACAGCGAUUUCUCCCUUCCCUGAGUGAGCUUCCUCUGCACAUUGUUUAUAUUAUUGGCAGAGUCUAUAGUUGAAAAGAGGGCUGAGUGGCUACUGGACUUUGUAUGAAAACAUCAACCUGGGACAGACCUUCAGUCAAGGCUGAGACGGGGGUGGGGGUACAUAACUUAUCUUUAACUUGGAUCACGACUGGCUCUGAGGCUAUGGCAGUGGCAGAGGAGGGACUGGGGCUGGUAUGAAAGCUAGAAUCAGUGGCCCUGCCAACACUAGAGCCAUGGCUAAGAUCCAGGCCAAGGCAGUGGCUGAGGCAGAACUGAAAACACGACCAGUGACCCAGGCCAAGGCUGAGGAUGGAGCAGUGGCCAGGACACAGACAGUGACAUACACUGAGGCUGUGACUAUGACAAAGGAAGUGAGCAAGAUGGAAGCUAUGACUAAGACUAGAGUCAUGGCUGAGACUAAGGCAAAACCUCUGGCAGAACCUGGUAUAGUGCCCCAAACCAAGUCAAAGGCCAUGCCUGUGUCCAGUGCUGUAACCAAGUGUGAAGUCAAGGCUGGUGCUGGAAGUGAAGCCAAUAUCAGGUCCUUUGCCAAAGCUGAUGAUAAGACCAAUAAUGCAUCCAGGCCCCAGAGAAGGAGAGACGCCAGCGUCAAGUUCAGGGCUGGGGACAGAACUGAUAUUAUAAUCGAGUCCAGUGAUGAGGAUGAAGAAAAUGUCUGCUCCUGGUUCUGGAGUGGAGAAGAGCCUAGUGUAGGAUCCUGGUUCUGGCCUGAAGAAGAGACCCCUUCUCAAGUUUAUAAGCCUCUACCUAAGAUCCAGGAAAAGCCCAAGCCCACACCCAAACCCGAACUUACUAUAAAGCAAAAAGCUGCAGCAUGGUCAAGAGCCAGGUAUAGUGUCCUGGUCCCAAUAGAGGGAGGGGAGCGAUCCUUGCCUCCAGAAGGAAAUUGGACUCUGGUUGAGACUUUGAUUGAAACUCCUCUGGGGAUUCGGCCUCUGACUAAGAUCCCACCCUAUAAUGGGCCUUACUUCCAGACCUUAGCUGAGAUCAAAAAACAGAUUAGGUAUAGGGAAAAGUAUGGGCCCAAUCCAAGAGCCUGCCGCUGCAAAUCACGUGUCUUUAGUUUAGAGCCUAAAGAGUUUGAUAAACUUGUUGCCCUACUUAAGUUAACUAAGGAUCCUUUCAUUCAUGAAAUAGCUACAAUGAUAAUGGGCAUCAGUCCUGCUUAUCCAUUUACCCAAGAUAUAAUUCAUGAUGUAGGUAUUACUGUUAUGAUUGAAAACUUGGUCAAUAAUCCCAAUGUUAAAGAACACCCUAGAGCUUUAAAUAUGGUGGAUGACAGCUCUGAGUCUUCGGAAGAACCAAAUACAGGAAAGUCAUACAUACAUCAAGUUUGUAAGGACAUAAUCUCUUAUCCAUUGAACUCCCCUGUGCAACUGGCUGGACUAAAAUUAUUAGUGCAUCUGAGUGUGAAAUUUGAGGACCACCAUUUGAUUGCCAGUUACAUUCCAGAUUUCCUCACCUUGUUAAACAAGGGAAGUGUCAAAACCAAGUUUUAUGUUUUAAAAGUGUUUUCACGCUUGUCUAAAAAUCAAGCCAAUACAAGAGAACUGAUCAGUGCCAAAGUACUGUCAUCAUUGGUUGCGCCCUUUAACAAGAAUGAGUCAAAGGCCAAUAUUCUUAACAUCAUUGAAAUAUUUGAGAAUAUAAAUUUCCAAUUCAAAAAGAAGGUGAAGCUAUUUAGCAAGGAAGAAUUCACUAAAUCUGAACUUAUUUCCAUAUUCCAGGAAGCAAAAGAGUUUGGUCAGAAACUCCAAGAAUUAGCAGAGCACAGUGAUCCUGAGGUGAGAGAUAAAGUUAUACGAUUAAUACUCAAACUCUGAAUAGCCCUAUGUUCUCAAAAAGCCUUGAACAACUUUUUGGUGUUGUCAUAUGAAACCAAUGCAUAUUGUAGCUAUAAGUUCAAUAUUUAUGUUAUCUGUGUUGAUUGAAGAAGGCAAUUUUAUGGAUAGCAAAUGAUCUUAAGAGCUUGAAUAUUUGUUGAUAUUUCUUGUGCUAUAUAAAUGGAGAUAUUUUUAGUAUUUCUACAACAUGACCUAAUAAUGAACCUAUUCAUCCUGAGUAAACUAUGUUUCUGUGCUUUAUGUUGACAUAAGUGUAUUCAUUUGAGACUUCAUUUACAUGUUAAUAAAGUUGCAUGCUAAAAUUGGUGAAAACAUUGUCCUAGUUCUUCAGUUGAAGUUUAGUCAGAAGGAUAAAGCACAAAUAACACAAAGAUGAUAAAGAGCACUGUCUGUCUGGGGGCGGGAUACAAACAAAACAAGUUCACAUUGACAGAUCCUUUAGUUUCAACAAGUUCAAGGAGUAGAAUCAUUCUGUACACGAGAAGACAAGACUGUGCUACUAGCUGACAUCUGGGCAGAUAUGGGGAAAGGGGUGAGGACACAGAUUUAGGAGUAAGAGAACACACAAGCUUUCAUUCCAGUCUGAGUUCCAGAACUCGUGCUCAGCCUUUCACAUAGGAUGUCUCAUCGGGAUACCUUGAGGCAUUGUAACCCCUAAGAGGAUUCCUGGUUCUCAUCCCUAUUAAGCAAAGCCAUGGAAGUGUGGUUCUGUAAGGACCUAGCCCUACUGUGCCCUCAACAUCCAGAGUAGAUGGGGUACCAGGUUUACUUCUUUAUGUGAAGCUCCCUCCCCAUAGACCUGGGCCUCAGAGGAGGAUCUUUCUGGGGGCCAGCUACAGAAACUGCUUCAUGGAUAGUCUCAUUUGUCCUGCCUUGGUGACUGUUUACUCUCAUACUUGCUUUUGUUUUCUGGACAAUGCUUUGGGCUUGAUGUCCAAAGGAUGGGUGCCACCUAUCCUUGGUGGCAGCCCCUUGUUUGUGCUGAUCCCUUUUGGUCAGAGCUCAGCUCUAAGAGACAGCCACAGGAUACCAAAGUUCUUUAGGAGUGUGU